AUGGCGUACCCGCUGAUCUUCGCGACGGCAUGCGCGCUCGCUUCCAUGGUGGGCGCCGAAGUGCAUUUCAUGCAGGUGUCACUUCGCGGAUCGGACGGCACUGAGGUGCCAGAGGGCGUCCAUCGCGACAUCCACCACCACAAUGCCUCGGGGACGACGCCGAACGCAGCGCUACUCGUACCUGGGAAUCUCCUCAUGGCAUUUUCGCCUGCAGAUGUCGGUGGUUGCACGACACUUGCCGCUACUAUGACACCUGUCAGCUUAACAGCUGGCUCCGACACACGAGACACUCAAGUCCUCGGAAGCAAUGCGUGCGACGCCGGCGGUACAGGAGGCACUCGUGACACAGGAUUUCGGACGACGAGUGCCAACGAUAAGGUUGUCUCGUCAGAGUACAGCUGGACUGUUGGUGGCUGGAUCUAUAAGAGUGGCGCGCCGGGUAAUUGGUGGCACAUAUUCACAGAUGGCCAGAGUGGGGACAUGCUUACAAUUACCAGUGAUGGUACAAUCAGAUCAUCCAUGAACAGUGCCCCCACGGGUGUGUUCAACGAAGGCGGAGACAUAGUGUAUGGUUUCAGUUACAAUGCACUCAUCGAUGGUUGGCAUGAAAUCACUCUCCGGUAUUCACAACCAGAGGGUGCCGUCCAAUUAUUUGUUGAUGGUGUUCCUGAGGAUGGCUCAGGCCAUUUGAAAACCAUCAACACUGCCUACCGGCUUCGGAAUUUUUGGGGAUGGGGUUCAGCAAGUGAUAAUCCGUAA